UUACAGCUCUUCCCAGGCACAGUGACCGUGGAGAGCAGCAGGAGCAGCCGGAGGGAAGGGCACCAUCCCCUCCCACAGCCCCUGUGCCCAGAGGCGACAGAAAUCCAUGGUCUCCAUCCCUGGGCACUGGCACCAAACGACGUCAUCGCCUUCCCAGCGGCUUUAACGUCAUUAACUGCACACGUUUGGUGUGGAGAAGAGAAACAAAAUACAGGAUUUCCUGUUCUGCAGCCACUGGACCGGGCUGCAGAUGCCGGCAGGAUUCCAGCGCUCCGAAAACAUGUGGAAGUUAAGCGAGGAGGCGCUGGGACUGCUGAGAAAAUCAGUGGGAAAUAAAAGCAGGACGCUGGCUGCUCCUGCUCCCUAGCGCGGCUAUGACCCCCCCGGAGCAUGGGAAGCACAGGAAGGGAUGUGAAGAUCAAGUCCUGCCACCCCUUUCCCAGGGUCAAACAGACAAGUCCCUCAUGGAUUUUCAGGCAGAACGCCUCCCCCUGCUGUGACCGCCCCAUGAGUGAAGAGACCCGGCCAGGAUGGAGAGCAACGUGUCCUCCGGGAACUGUUCUGACCCCCAGAUGUCCUUCCAGUCCACCCUCUACGCCACCACCUACACCCUCAUCUUCAUCCCGGGGCUGCUGGCCAACAGCGCUGCCCUGUGGGUCCUGUGCCGGUUCCUCAGCAGGAAGAGCAAAGCCGUCAUCUUCAUGAUCAACCUGGCCGUGGCCGACCUGGCCCACGUCCUCUCACUGCCCCUGCGGACUUACUACUACAUCAACCACACCUGGCCCUUCGGGAGCUUCCUGUGCCAGGUGUGCUUCUACCUGAAGUACCUCAACAUGUACGCCAGCAUCUGCUUCCUCACCUGCAUCAGCAUCCAGCGGUACCUGUUCCUGCUGCACCCCUUCCGAGCCAAGAGCUGGAAGCGCCGCUACGACGUGGCCAUCAGCGCCCUGGUCUGGCUCCUGGUGGGGGCCGCCUGCCUGCCCCUCAUCAUCGUCAGGAGCCCAGCCCUGUCCAACUCCAUCAACAGCUGCUUCUCGGACCUUGGCGUGAAGCAGCUCAGCCCAGGGGCCGCCAUCGCGCUGGUGACGGUGGCAGAGCUGUUCGGCUUCGUCAUCCCCUUCAGCACCAUCGCCUGGUGCACGUGGAGGAUGUGGCAUUCCCUGCGGGACGGCCCCACGGCGCUGCAGGACGCUGGCGAGAAGCGGAAGGCCCUGAGGAUGGUCCUCAUGUGCGCCGCCGUCUUCUUCAUCUGCUUCACCCCCUACCACAUCAACUUCCCCUUCUUCAUGAUGGUGAUCGAGAACAUCAUCCGGGGCUGCGCUGUGCACCGGAGCGCGCUGCGCUUCCACCCCAUCUCCCUGUGCCUGGCCAGCCUCAACUGCUGCCUGGACCCUGUCCUCUACUACUUCAUGACCUCCGAGUUCCAGGCGCAGCUGCUGCGCCACGGCUGCGUGGCCCUGCGAGCACGGCUCCCGCCCCGCCGGAGCAGCGCCUCUGGCACCGACACUGCCCAUGACAUCCGCGUCAGGAAGAGGAAUCUCCCUCGCUUCAAGUUCUGGUCUCUUCCCAAGUUCUUUGGCCAAAUAAACAGCAUGGACAUCCCCCCCGUGCCGCCCGACGAGCUGCUGCUGGAGUCCAUCUCGUGAGCAUCAGCCAGCCCUGUCCGUGCAGGGGCUUCCCAGAGCUGCAGUGAGGACUGGGGCACUCUCCAAUUGUCCUCGUGUGCUGCAGGUGCCAGGACCUGAUCCAUAAGGACAUUGUGAUGCCAAAAGGUUUGAUGGUUGUGUUGUUGCUGCUGGGGACUGUUGCCUUCUAUCCCCUCGAAAGCCGUUGUUGAUGCUGAAGUUUCUCCUGUGCUGAACUGCAGUGGCUUCAGGUGCCUCAUUUCAGGUGUUUCUGUGCUUCUGCAUAUUUGCCAUUUUUGGGAAUCCUUCUGAAUCCUGAGCUGUGAGUGAGCAGCUCAGCCUUGGCACAGCUCUGGGAAUUCCAGCCCCGAUCCCGGGUACCUACAGCCACUGUCACCUGGAGCAUCCACCACGCUCACACAAGGCUCUGGAUCAGGAUGGUUCAUUAUAUCCUCAUAAACUGAACCUUUUUCCACUACAAAAAUUCCAUUGCCUGGGUCCGAUCCAGCCUAAUCCGGACUGCACGACUAUAACUGUACCAAGCAGAGAGUAUUAACCUAUACCACAUCAGUGUUACAGGGAGAGCUCAAACAAACUGGGCUCAGCUCAUGCUGCUGGAAAAGGGACCCAGAGCUGAGCAAAGGGAUCCACCUGGCUCCUGGCAGCUGCAGGUGCUCGGCUGAUUAUGGGGGAUCAAUAUUUGGAAGACAAAUUGUGAUAGAUAUGCCACGAGCAAAGAGGGAGAUGUGACACCUCCCAGGGCACAUUAACUCACAUUAGAGCUCUGGUGUGAGCUGCAAAAACGGGGACCUGUUGUUGGUGUCUCUUGUGUUGUUGGGAGUCGUGUGUUAUUUGUCAUGUUGCUGACGCAUGUGGUUGCACAUUAAGAUGUUAUCCAAACCUUCAGUUUUGCUUUGAACACCAAAAACUAUCCCAACCCUCGCUGGGUACAGAGAAAAUCUACAAAACUGACUCCAGUACACCCUGAAAGCUUCAAACCCUGAGGAAAUAAAAAUGAUCCCAAUGUGUA